UUCAGCCAUCGUGACUGCAUCGUGGGAUCUGAUGCCUACCUGGGUGCCUAUAUUGGUUAAAGCAUUAACUGUGUCUGGGACAUCCCUCUUUUCGUUCCUACGAUGACCUGGUUGCUCGGUUUGCUUGCUUGUGUCCUUGCAGCUUCUCUUGCUGUAUUCAUACGCUCGUAUUAUCAGUCAAAGUUGCUACCACCAGGUCCGCCUGGUCAUUGGCUAUUCGGGAAUGAGAUCCCCACUAAGCGGGCUUUUUUGAAGUACGAAGAAUGGACAAAGGAGUACGGCCCGGUUUAUUCGCUGACUCAGUUUGGAAAGGUGUACAUCGUUGUUGGUCGAUACGAUGCGGCUGUGGAAAUAAUGGAGAAGGGCAGUCUCCAGACGUCGGACAGACCAAGGGCUAUUGCCGCCUCUGAGACGUUCUCGGGAGGACUGAGGUCUAUCCUGCUGAAUGAUACACCGAGGUGGAGAACUUUGAAUAGGGCUUUUCAUGCACACUUAAAGACCAAUAAGGCAGCGGCGUAUGAACCUAUGCAACUCCGUCACGCGAAGAAACUGAUUCUUAAUAUCCUUGACGAUCCGAAGAGGUUUACAGAGUACACAAAGAUAUAUGCAGCAUCUGUGAUUCUUACCCUUACCUACGGGAAAAUGACACCUACAACAUUCGAUGAUCCUGAUGUUCAACAAAUGAUUCGAGAGGGACACCGGCUUCGAAUGACAAAUCGCCCAGGAGCCUACCUCGUGGAUACGUUUCCCAUUCUUCGAUGGAUUCCUGGGUAUCUUUCCGAGCUUAAGAGGUGGCAUCAAGAAUCGCUUGCCUUGUGUCGUCGGUGUUUAGGGUAUGUUCAGAUAAGGAUGGAUGCUGGGGAAGAAGUACCAGCUUGUUUUGGGAAGGAUCUCUUGGGUAAUGAGAAGAUGUCAUUUGACCAAUCUGCGUAUCUUGCCGGUUCGAUGUUUGCGGCAGGAUCGAAUACAACCGCGUCUGCAAUAACCUUCAUUAUCAUGGCGGCUGCAUGUUUUCCUUAUGCUGCUAAAGUUGUACAGAGAGAAAUCGAUGAGGUGAUUCCUCGCGAUCGAUGUCCGACGUUUGAGGAUAGGGAGCACCUCCCGCAAGUUAUGGCGUUUGUUUUCGAAUGUUUUAGGUGGCGACCGUUGUUCCCUAUUGGAAUUGCACAUGCCGCUUCUCAGGAUUUCAUCUGGCAAUGCUAUGUGAUUCCCAAAGGAGCUACUAUUAUCGCAUCGCCUUGGUCCAUAUUCCAUACUUCUGAUGUCUUUCCGAACCCCGAAGUGUUUGAUCCUCAAAGGUGGAUCCUUGACGGUAAAUUGAGGAGCGACAUCAGGCAAUUCGUUUUUGGAUUUGGUCGGAGAGCUUGUCCGGGAUCACGCGUCGCGAAUAGGUCGCUGUUCAUUAAUACGGCACUUCUUUUAUGGGCUUUUAAUAUUGUUGCGACUGAGAAGAUCGACUCGAUGGCGUUUGCUGAUGGAAUUGGAAUGCAUCCUGGAAGUUUUGGGGUAUGCUUUGAUCUGCGGUUGGGGAAAGAGAAAGAGGCUUGGGUUAGGUCGUUGAUGGUCGACUGAAUGACGGGAAAUCAGGGAUGGAAAUAUGGAACCGUAGCUUUAGGAUAAGGCAAAUGAUGAUAUCAAAGACGGAGUUCAGCGGGAUUUUCUAGAUUCCAGGAAUACAAACCCCUCACGUCGAGUAAACUGAAAUGCCAAAACUGACCCCCAGCCUCGUCGUUCACUGAG